AGUUAGUCUGCAUCGGUUGUAGACAACAGUGCCUCAUUUUGAUUUCAUAACGCUUGAAAAUAGUUCCCGUUCCCGCGAAAGAAAGUCGAAAAUCAACAUGGCUUCUAAGCCCUUUUCUCCCGAUCUUAAUCGCGGAAAUUGGGAAAAACCCACGGACUAUAUUUUUGCCUGUUUUGGAUUAGCCCUGAAACUAGAUAUUUUUGUUGCGUCAUUUUGGUUCUUUUUUAAUACAGGCAUUUUUGGAAUGGUGCCGUACCUUAUGUAUAUGGUUAUCUACUUGGUUCCAAUCAUGGUCAUCCAUUCCUACAUGGGCCAGUUCUCCAGCAGUGGAUUCAUUUCCGCAUUUCGCCUGUCACCUCUAUUUAAAGGCAUGGGUUAUGUUAGCCUUUUCUUGACUAUCACCCUUCUGAUUUACUACACCAUUUUUGCUGCCGUACCGCUUCUCUUCGUCUUAAACUCCUUUCGACCCACUUUACCUUGGAGUUGUGAAGGCUUCAAGUCUUGGCAGAAUGACACUAUUGCUAAAUGGAGUAUAUGUAAUGCGACAAUAGCUGAGGAAGUUGCAAAAGAGACAGAAAACGAUACAUAUUUUUACAUAACAAAUAUUCAUGUCCCUUCCGUUCUCUACUUUAAAAGCCAUUUCGAAAGUUUUCAAAAUGAUAGUGAGCUGAAUGACUACGAGAUUUCAUGGCAUUUAUCGGGCCUGUUCGCUUUAGUUUGGGCCACGAUUGCAUUCAUAUUUUACAAAUUCUCAGAGCCGGCAAAAUUUGGAAAAUGCAUUCGUUACAUGGUUAUUGGGACCGUCGCUCUACUUUUAGUGUGCUUUGUUCGCUUUCUAUUUCUUCCAGGAGCGCAUUUGGGACUUAAAAACUAUAUGACUCCAUCUAUAGAGGAAUUUGUGGUGGGGACUUCUUCGACAUUUAUAAUGGCACUACAAGCGUUUGGAGCUGGCUGGGGCAGUGUAAUAACCCUGUCCAGUUUCAACGGAUUUAAGACCAACAUAAUGUCGUAUAGUUGGAUUAUUUCCUUCGGACAGAUCUUCAUUUACAUUAUGUUUGGCAUGGUUUCCUUUAUGCUGGAACACUACUUUCUGGGACUCCCCAAACCUUUGUUUGAAACGCAAGUGAUUAACCAUUGGGUGCUGUUCUUGUCCUCCGCGUCAGCGUUAUCCUCAUUGGGCUGGCCAAAUCUGUGGACAUUUAUUUACUAUACCAUGCUACUGAUGGCUGCUCUUAUUGUAAUCACAACACAAAUAUUCACAAUCUUGCAAAGUUUGUUUGACGAGUUUGAACAGCUUAGAGCCAAAAAACAAGAGGUGACCCUUGGCCUGAUUGGCGGCCUAGCCGUCUGCUCUCUUUACUUUUGUACAAACCAUGGUGUUCUUUAUUUUGCGAUUCUAUCGAUCGAUGCUAUUUUCUCACAAACACUGCUGCAUUUGCUGCUUCUUUUGGUGGUUUUGUGGGUCUAUGGACGAGAUCGAUUCCAGAAGGAUAUUAAGUUCAUGCUGGGCCAGCCCUUUGCCUCCUGGAAGGUUUUUAUACUCCGUUUCGUAGCUCCACCAACUUUAGUGAUAUGUUUGGUCUUGGAAAUUAAAAUGUGCUUGGAAGAACACUCUUAUUCCUCGUCUGUUCUCCACUUUAUGGCCAUUAUACUAGUGGGAUUACCCAUUCUGGCAAUACCUGCCUAUGGAUUUUACUACAUUCAUCAGAGACCCGGCAGCAUAUCCGAGCUCUUUAGAGCCACCGAUUGGUAUCCGGUGGAGAUGGAGUAUCGGCAGCAGUACGGAGAACUUGUUCAAAAAUCCGAGAUGACCCACCAACUUUUCGAUCGCACCGAGGAGGUUAACUAAAAAAUAAUCCAGUUGCAAAUGUACAUGAUAUCUGAUAUUUUGUAUUGUAAAAUAUAUUAAAUAAAAUAUCUAUAAUUC